AUGAGAGUAUUCACCAGAAACUUAACCAAGUUAACCAACCAAAUAUUCUUACAUCCUUCAAACAAAGUCACUUUUACCAAAAGUGAAAAUGGGUUGUUACUUGGUAAAUUCACAGGUUCUCCAAGUAAAGAAAAUUUUCAGCCAGAUAAUAAUCUCCUUCCCACUUUAAAUGAAUUAUUCAAGAAGAAAGUAUGCGAUGAUUUUUCAUUCAUCAUGGAAGCAGGUGUUAGUGCCAAUUCAUUCAUGCCCAUAUAUGAUUUCAGAGAUGUCCCAAGAUAUGGAAGACAGCCUGAAAUUGGAAACGUGUUUGGAUAUGUUCAAGUUGAUGAAAAUGGUAAGAUGAUACCUGAAACUUUCGACGCUAAUAAUUUCUAUCAAGUAUAUAAUCACCACGGGUUACCCGUAUUAAGUGAUUACAUCUAUGAAGAAGUUGAAAAAUUGCAACAAUAA